UCUGAUGACUACAGUGUUCUUGAACUGAUAAGAUAUUACAUGAGUAUUUUUUUUUCUUAUAUAAGUGACGUUAACUGAGUUGUGUUGUAAAAACAUUGAAGGCAAAAGUAACAGAUUUAACAACACUGAUUUUGUUUACAGACUCUAUUUGCUACUACUUGGAUUAACGGAACUUUAGCGUUUGUGUUUGAUAUUUGUGUUCAAUUUUUAAGCAGAGUAGCUUUAGAAAUCGUGGAGCUUAUUGUAAAGUAACAGUGUGGACGUUCUUCUUGUAUUUCAAACGUGGGAUUAGUAAUACAAAGACGGUUUGGCACCAGCAGACUUUGCUUAUCAGCUAUGCCUGCAGUGAAGCUGGAAUUCCAGGAUGGUUUAACGCCAAGCGAUCCGCAAAAGAAACCAGUAUUAAUUGUAGGCCAGUUAAAAAAUCUGGCAAAAGUGAAAUAUAACGAUAUAAAAAUAAAGUUAGAACCUAGAGUGACAGAAGAGGUGUACAAGACAGCCUUAGCAAGUUUGCAUCCGUCACCAACAGACAGCUGUUCGUUGUAUCUCAACCUAGCAACACUUGCUGCUCUUCCUCUCAAAUGUAGCCGUCAUAACACUUCGUCGAGAUCACAUGCCCUUACCAAGCUGAUUCGUAGCUCGACGGCAGGAGUUGAAGAAUCGAUUGUGAUCGUAUGUGAGCGGAAGGAUGUAUUUGCAUCAGCGUGUGCCGUGGCGCGUGCCUAUCCGCUGUAUUCUGCAAAGUCGCCAGGUUCAUCACAGGACUGUAAAACACCAACUGUAGUAAAUGUUGAAUUCCUCUUGGUUCCUGAGUCAAUUGCUGAUGGGGCGAAUGGUGCUGAAGAUGAGAGUGAGUCUGAAGAUCUGCAUUUAAGCCAAGAAGAUUUGCGUUGCCUUGAAAGUGCAGCAUCUGGUGUUCGACUUGCAGCCAAAAUUGUUGAUAUGCCUUGCAAUGUAAUGAAUGUGGAUCACUUCCUCAAGGAAGUGGGAGCUGUAGCUGCUGCAUACCCGGGAGUGCGACUAACUGUCAUUCGAGGCAAAGAGCUGGAGGCCCGCGGUUUUGGUGGAAUCUACGGAGUCGGAAAGGCAGCAGCUGUUGGGCCAGCUCUUGCUGUGCUGUCCCAUGAACCGCAGGGUGCGACUGAGACAGUUGCCUGGGUAGGCAAGGGCAUCGUUUAUGACACCGGUGGACUCAGCAUCAAGGGAAAAACUACUAUGCCAGGCAUGAAGCGUGACUGUGGUGGAGCAGCUGCCAUACUUGGUGCGUUCAUGGCAGCAGUUGAGAGGGGCUUUGCACAGAAUUUACAUGCUGUUUUCUGUCUAGCAGAAAAUGCUGUGGGUCCUGAUGCAACACGUCCAGAUGACGUCCACACUCUUUAUUCUGGCAGGACAGUGGAAAUAAACAACACUGAUGCUGAGGGGCGGUUGGUGCUUUCAGAUGGUGUUUCCUACGCCCAUAAGGAUCUAAAAGCAAAUAUUAUUCUUGAUAUGGCUACACUCACAGGUGCUCAGGGUAUAUCAACUGGAAAGUACCAUGCUGCUGUUUUAACUAACAGUGGACAAUGGGAGACAGCUACUGUGACUGCAGGCCGCAUCUCAGGUGACCUUGUCUUCCCUAUACCAUAUUGUCCUGAGCUACAUUUUAGUGAAUUUGCAUCUGCGGUGGCUGACAUGAAGAAUUCAGUGGCCGAUCGGAGCAAUGCCCAGUCUUCAUGUGCAGGACUGUUUGUUGGUGCGCACCUUGGCUUUGAUUAUCCUGGAGCCUGGAUACAUGUCGACAUGGCGUAUCCUGUGCAUAGUGGUGAACGUGCCACUGGUUAUGGAGUUGCCCUCUUGCUUACAUUGUUUGGUGGAUUUUCAGAAGAUGCACUGCUGCGUCAGCUUGCACCAUCUAAAGCCUUUUCAGAUGAUGUUUGUGGUACAAAGAAGAUAAGAAGAAAUUAAAUGAAUACUGAUGGAUGGUCCUCUGUAUUAAUUCUUUUCUAUGAUGUCACUGCCUGUUUUGUUAACAUGUGUAAAGAGCUAGCUGUAUUGUGUUAAUCACUAUUUUCACAAUCAGUGUGUACUGUAUGUGGCAGAUGGCAUUGACUAAUAUAGCACGACCUUUGUAUUUUUGCUUACAAAUGAGCCAAAAUUUGUGUAUUGCAUGUGCUCCUCUAAUUUUGGGUUUUACUUAACAAGGAAUUAAAAGUUUCUCUCCAAA